AACAUCUUUCCAUAGUAUAAAUUAAAUAAGAAAAAAUAAGUGUCUUCUUCACUUUAUUUUUUUCUCAAUUACAGCUUAAAUUCCACUACAAUUACAACUCAAACAAUCUUUUGGAGUUAGAAUGAACCAAGGAAGGCAGCUCAGCUCGUGAAGGGAAACCAUCUAAAUAUACAAUUGUUCAUCAAAGACUCCCCUAAGCGCAAACCACUUUUUCCACCUCAAUCCAGGUGUGAAGUUUGCUAUGGAUAAAAGUUGGAUCAAUCUCAAUAAUAGACGGCUCCCUCAAUAUGAAGAAGGUGUUCGUCAAUUCUUAAGUUUUGCAUAUGCUACUAAGGAUGUACAAGAGAAGAUUAGAUGUCCUUGCAAAAGAUGCAAUAACGUUUUAUACCAGAGUCGAGAUGAUGUUGAGGCUGAUUUGUUACAGUACGGUUUUAUUAAAGAUUAUGCCAUAUGGAUGCUUCAUGGGGAAGAACUUCCUGAUUCUGAUUCUGAUGAGGAUGAGGAUGAAGGAAUGAUUGAUGGGCAUGACAUAAAUGAGGGCCGAGAAAAUAUUGCAGGUGCAGAUGGUUAUGAGUUUUUUGAUACACAAGAUAUGAGCAGAAGACGGAAGUGAGUCCCCCCCCGAGUGCUACGAGAGUAAGCUAAAGUCAUCAGGUGGGCAUUAUUUUUACUAUACGUAUAUAGAGAUCCCCUGCGUAUCGUAGGCCUUUUAUACAAAAUGAAGUAAAUGACAUGAGUUAACUGUUAAAUUUCAGUUUGAUGAAAAUUAUUACUGAUGAUGAUGUUUAUGAGUUUGAUAAAUAAUUUGAGAUUUAUUGAUGUUGAACUAAUUGACUUGCCGAGUUUUGAUGACGAUGAGCCUGUAUGUCACCCUCUACUGAUGAGACGAAUCCGGGUCCUGCCACAAGAGGGAUUGUGUACACAGAGAUGACCGUGAUCCGUCUUUCGGGUCGACCGGUCAGAGGUGAUUGUGAGCUGUCCUUCGGGUCGGUCGGUCACGGUACUUGAGAAGGAGGCCUACUUCUCAGUACCUUUAAUGAUGAUGAUUUGUAGAUGUGGUACAUACAUAACGAGAAUUUUGACCGGUCAUUUAUUUAUGGGGUUUAUGAUUGUUAACUGCUUACAUGGGUUCUUUUGAGUAAAAUCCCCGUGUAUUGCUUAUGUGACAAGUUCAAUCUAUAGCUCUAAGAGCGAGUUUUCAUUGAUUUUCGGCAUAUGUCCACUGAGUAUUCUGUACUUAGCCCUGCAUGUAUUUC